AUGGCCCCCAUCACCAAGACUCUUGCCCUUGCCGGCGCUCUCUUUGCCGCUUCCGGUGUCGCUGCUCCCUUCGACAAGCGCGCCGUUGUCUACGACUAUGUCACCGACGUUGUUUGGACCACCAUCGACGUGACCACCACCAUCUACCCCGGCGGCCAGGCCCAGCCCACUGCUGUGACCUCCGUCCUGACCGUGGUUCCUGCUUCUGCCUCCCCCUCCGACAAGGAGGCUCCUGUUGCCCAGGCCACCCAGGCCGCUCCUCCCGCCCCCGCACCGCCGGCUCAGCCCACCUCCUCCACGACUGAGGCCCCCGCCCCGGCUCCCACCGCCUCCAGCUCCAGCUCCAGCUCCAGCUCCAGCGGCGGCAGCAACUACAGCGGCUCGUGCGACUCUGGCUCCCCCUGCACCGGUGAUCUUACCUACUACGACACCGCCACCACCUCCUCGAACCCCAGCUCCUGCGGCACCACCAACGACGGCCUGACCGAGUCCGUCCUCGCCCUGCCCCACGGCAUCAUGACCGACGGCGACUGCGGCAAGACUGUCACCAUCACCUACAAUGGUGUCACUGCCUCCGGUACCGUCGUUGACAAGUGCAUGGGCUGCGACGACACCUCUAUUGACCUGUCGCGCGCUCUGUUCGAGAAGUUCUCCGAUCUCGGUGCUGGUCGUCUCUCCGGCGCUACCUGGUCCAUCGAGUAA